AUGGUCUUUAUUCCUCGCCAGACGUUCACACCUCCUGGCGAAGCUUUGCAGGAGCUCGUUAACCUGACUUACACGUCGUCGACUAUUUCAUUCUACCUCAACGGAACGAAGAUCGCCUUAACCAACCCAAACCCUCAAUGGACGCUGCUGGACUUCAUUCGGUCCCAGGACUGUCUAAAAGGAACAAAGUUGGGAUGUGGCGAAGGGGGUUGUGGUGCCUGCACCGUGGUGCUACAAACCAGAGACACUCGGCAUAAUUCUCGCAAGAUCAGACAUCUGGCAAUCAACGCAUGUCUUUAUCCCUUGGUUGGUGUAAUCGGGAAGCAUGUCAUCACGAUCGAAGGAUUGGGAACGGUUGAGAAUCCGCAUCCAUUGCAGGAGCGAAUGGGAAAGCUUCAUGGCUCUCAAUGCGGAUUCUGCACCCCUGGAAUUGUCAUGUCCUUAUACGCCGUCAUUCGAAAUGCCUACGACCCAACCACCGGCUCAUUUGACCUUUCGGAAGAGGAAAUUGAGAUGAAGGGACACCUGGAUGGGAAUUUGUGCCGCUGUACCGGAUACAAACCCAUUCUGCAGAUUGCAAAGACAUUCGUCCAGGCGGAUCUCAAGGGCCGGCUGGCGGAUUCGAAGACGGCCUUUUCAGAAAGCUCUGAGGACCACACAAGGGAUGUGGAAGAAUACAGCCUCCACUCCCAAUCACCAAGCACAACGAGCUCAUGUGGCCGUCCCGGAAAAUGCUGUCGUGACGGACCGAGUACGACCUGCUCACCCCCGUCGCCACUCGCGAGCGAGGGCAGCUCUGGAACGAGUUUUUCCAGCACCGAAUCUAGUCCCAAGUCGACAGUACCUCAAUUCGAUCUCAUACCGUACUCACCAGCGUCCGAGAUCAUAUUCCCACCUAGCCUUCAUAGACAUGUCCAUCUCCCCAUCUGUUACGGCGAUGUGGAACGGGUAUGGCUUCGACCUGUGACCCUGGCGCAACUGGUCGACGUAUUGGCCGUCUUUCCUAUGGCCAAACUGGUUUGUGGUGCCAGUGAGAUGCAAGUCGACGUUCGCUUCAAGGGCUCACAUUUUCCGGUAUCUGUCUUUGUGGGCGACAUCGAAGAACUCGCGACUAUUCAUGUGCCAGGAGAUCCAAGUACAUUGACAGAGUUCGUCGUCGGCGGAAAUGCGUCUCUUAGCGAUGUCGAAGAAACAUGUCGCCAGUUAAGUGUCCGACUGGGAAAGCGUGGAACGACCCUUGCUGCUAUGGCCAAAGUAUUGCGAUAUUUCGCUGGACGGCAGAUUCGCAAUGCAGCAUCCCUGGCUGGAAAUAUUGCUACCGCGUCUCCGAUUUCUGAUAUGAACCCACUUUUGCUGGCCGUGAACGCCACCGUCAUGACGCUGAGUCCGAAAGGGGAGGAAUCCAUCCCUAUGAUUUCCAUGUUCUUAGGAUAUCGGAAGACUGCUCUCCGUGAAGGAGCAGUCAUCACUAAGAUUCGCAUCCCUCUUCCACCGCCAAAUGGAUUGCAAAUCACCAAGUCAUACAAGCAGGCGAAGCGAAAAGAUGAUGACAUUGCCAUAGUGGCGGCAGCAUUUUGCGUGACGUUCGACGGAGAUGGAGUAGUAACUCACGCUUCGCUCGCCUAUGGAGGCAUGGCGCCCACAACAGUUUUGGCUUACCAGGCCGGAACUAGUCUUUCCGGGAGAAAGUGGAAUGAUAAGGAGACUUUAUACGAUGCCCUGCGGGCGCUGACGAGAGACUUUAGCCUUCCGUACGGCGUUCCUGGAGGAAUGGCGACAUACCGCCGCACGCUCACUUUGUCGCUUUUCUUCCGUUUCUGGAACGAGGCUGUGAGGGACCUUAACCUAGGUGCUUCAGCUAUGGAGUUAGACUGCGUUGAUGAAAUUCACCGUGAAAUAUCCACGGGUGCUCGCGAUGAUCAUAAUCCCCAUGAGCAGCGAGUUGUCGGGAAGCAGAUACCCCAUCUGUCGGGGUUGAAGCACGCUACAGGUGAAGCUGAGUAUGUUGAUGACAUACCGCCCCCAGCACGAGAGCUCUGUGGGGCUCUGGUAUUGUCUCAACGAGCGCACGCCAAAAUCAUCUCAGUCGACUGGACACUCGCCAUUGGUCCCGGGCUCGCAGUGGGCUACAUCGACCGGCACAGCAUUCCAAUUGACCGAAAUCUGUGGGGGUCGGUGAACCGCGAUGAGCCCUUUUUCGCCACGGAUGAAGUGCAUUCUCACGGCCAGCCGAUCGGAAUGGUGUACGCAGAGACUGAAUUAGAAGCACAAGCAGCAGCCAGGGUGGUCCGUGUUGAAUACGAAGAUUUGCCAGCGAUCUUGACCAUCGAUCAAGCCAUUGAGGCAAAAAGCUUUUUUCACCAUGGCAAAGAGUUGAGGAAAGGAGCACCUCCAGACGAAAUGGCCGACGUAUUUGCUCGAUGCGAUAGGGUCUUCACCGGUGUGACGCGUGUAGGGGGUCAAGAGCAUUUCUAUCUCGAAACGAAUGCAGCAAUGGUCAUUCCACACGUCGAGGACGGUACAAUGGAAGUCUGGUCGUCCACCCAAAAUACAAUGGAGACACAAGAGUUCGUUAGCCAAGUCACCGGCGUGCCUAGCAAUCGCAUCAAUGCGCGAGUCAAGCGUAUGGGUGGUGGCUUCGGUGGUAAAGAGUCUCGCAGUGUUCAAGUGGCAUGUUUACUGGCCAUCGCGGCGAAAAAGGAGCGGCGACCGAUGCGAGCAAUGCUUAAUCGCGACGAGGACAUGAUGACAACCGGCCAACGCCAUCCGGUUCAGUGUCGAUGGAAGGUUGGAGUCAAGGAUGGUCGAUUGGUUGCCCUUGACGCUGACUGCUACAACAAUGCUGGCUACUCGCUAGAUAUGAGCAGUGCCGUGAUGGACCGGUGCUGUACUCACCUUGACAAUUGCUACCAGAUCCCGAAUGUCCAUAUCCGGGGUUGGGUGUGUCGUACAAACACGCACAGCAAUACGGCUUUUCGAGGUUUCGGAGGUCCGCAGGGCAUGUUCAUCGCUGAAAGCUACAUGUCGGCUGUGGCGGAGGGACUGGGAAUGCCCGUGGAUGAACUACGACUGAGGAACCUAUAUCGACAAGGCGAUCGGACCCCAUUUUUGCAGACCAUUGACGAGGACUGGCACGUUCCGCUCCUUCUGGAGCAGGUGCGACAGGAGGCGCGCUAUGAUGAGCGAAAACGACAGAUUGCCACAUUCAACGCAGAGCAUCAUUGGAAGAAGCGCGGAAUAUGUCUUGUGCCGACAAAAUUCGGGUUGUCGUUCGCCACGGCACUCCAUCUCAACCAAGCUGGUGCAUCCGUCAAGAUCUACGCAGAUGGGUCGAUCCUACUCAAUCACGGGGGAACCGAAAUGGGACAGGGAUUGUACACCAAAAUGGCCCAGGUUGCGGCCCAGGAGUUGGGCGUUUCCGUUGACUCCAUCUAUACGCAGGACACCUCAUCUUAUCAGACAGCCAAUGCCUCGCCGACGGCGGCCUCUUCCGGCAGUGAUCUUAAUGGAAUGGCGGUCAAACACGCUUGCGACCAACUCAACGAGCGUCUUCAACCGUAUCGCGACCGAUACGGACCAGAUGCCUCGAUGGCGACGAUUGCACAUGCGGCUUAUCUGGAUCGUGUGAACCUCGUGGCUAGCGGUUUCUGGAAGAUGCCGAAGAUUGGCCACGAAUGGGGAGUGUACGAUCCGGAGAAAGUGAAUCCAAUGUACUAUUAUUUUACGCAAGGCGUCGCUUGCACUGAAGUCGAGCUGGACCUCCUCACUGGAGACCAUACUGUGCUGCGGACGGAUAUCAAAAUGGAUGUCGGACGCUCUAUCAAUCCCGCAAUCGACUACGGCCAAGUUGAAGGGGCUUUCGUCCAGGGACAGGGUCUUUUUACAAUGGAAGAGAGUCUUUGGACGCGGACUGGACAAUUGGCGACACGCGGGCCUGGAAACUACAAAAUUCCCGGAUUCAGCGACAUCCCACAGGAAUUCAACGUCAGCUUCCUCCAGGGUGUGUCUUGGAAACAUCUGCGAUCGAUACAAAGCAGCAAAGGGUGUGGUGAGCCGCCUUUGUUUUUGGGCUCGACGGUAUUGUUUGCUCUAAGGGAGGCAUUGCGAAGUGCUCGUCAAGAUAAUGGGGUGGAGGAGCCUUUAGUUUUGGACAGUCCGGCUACGGUUGAAAAGCUCCGGUUGGCAGUCGGAGAUGAGCUUCUGAAGAUGGGCACAGUUGAAGCCAAGGAGGGGGAGACACCGUUUUUUGUCACAGUGGCGUGA